GAAACCUGUUCAAAAUCUUAGAUGAACCCUAAUUUUAGCCUCUCAAAUUUCAGAGUCUUCACCCUCCCCAUUCGUCCACUGUUCUUCUUCGUACUUGCUCUGUUUAAUUAAAUACGCUGACAAAAAUGGAGCCAAAGAGAAAAAGCCAUAAGCAGACAAAAAAAACUACACAGAAAAGUUGGAAUUUUCUUUUUUCUUUUAUAGAAUAUGACAAAAAAUGAAAAAACUCCCUUUUUUUCUUCUCCACUCGCCUGAAAAAGGCCCAAAAGAACGCUGAAUAAAACACCCCACCAAAAGAAACUGACCCUCAGCGGCUCCUCCUAACUUGUCUUCUCUUUUCUCUUUAGAUCCAUAACUUCCACCAAAAGGGGUUCAAGGAAUUCCCAUUAUCGCUUCUGGGUCUUCCUUAUUUUCGUCUUUAAUGGCGUCUGUUUGAUUUUUAUUGACUUACUAGUAGAAUCCAGCUCUAGGGUUUGAAUUUUUUGUUCUUGUAAUCGGACCACCAAUCGGGUAUGUCCGAAUCGGCGAGCCCAAUAACCCAACGGGUUCAGUCUUCUUCUUCUUCUUCUUCAAUUGAUACCAGAGGAAAACAUAGGAUUCAGGCUGAAGUAAAGCGGCUCGAGCAAGAAGCAAGGUUUCUGGAGGAAGAACUGGAACAGCUAGAUAAAUUGGACAAGGCAUCAACAAAAUGCAAAGAAAUGCUGAGCAAUGUGGAGACAAGACCGGACCCUCUUCUCCCACUAACCCAUGGCCCUAUAAAUCCUCUAUGGGAUCGAUGGUUUGAAGGGCCGCAAGAUUCUAAAGGUUGCAGAUGCUGGAUAUUGUGAUAUUGUUUGGAUUUCUCUUUGAAUUCAUAGAGAUUGGGAGAAUGUGAUGCGAUGAUCAUGGCUAUUAAUUUGAAGAUUUUAACUCCCAUUCCCAUUUGUUAUUUGCAGAGGUUUCUUCAACUUAGGUACUUUGUGAAUAGUUUUUCUAAAGCAAAUGUUGUAUUCAUUUGAAAACACUUUCCAUAAAGGUAUUCCAUUUCACUUUGCACAUUUUUUUUUGAAAUAUUAUUGAUAUACAAAAAACACUUAAGAAAAUGAAAGUAGAACUUUGAAAA